AAGUUUGUUUACAUCAGUGAGGUGAGUGUGUGGGUGAGUCCCUCAGUGGUGUGUCUCCUGCCCUCAAGGUCUCUCCUCAACCUCCUGCCUCACGCACUCACAACGUACCAUUGACCUAAAAAUCCUUUAGCUUCUAAGGGGUAAAGUAAAGAGUAAACACAUGUGAUGGGUGAUGUCGGCGAGGAAGAGCUUGAGGUUAUACGAGGUAUACUUGUGGAAGUACAGCUCUCUCAAUUUUUUACAAGAAUACGUGAUGAUCUUCAGGUUACAAGAUUAAAUCACUUUGACUAUGUUCACAAUGAAGAUUUGGAACGCAUUGGUCUUGGGAAGCCUGCUGCUAGGCGUUUACUGGAAACUGUCAAGAAAAAAAGAUCAGCAACAUGGAGAAGAAACCUAGUGUCAAAAAUUUUGCCAUCUGGUAGUUCCACUUUGAAUAAAAAUAAAUCUUUCACUGCAGCUGAUGAAUCACAAAUAUCAAGUCUGACAUGCUUAAUUCAGGAAAAGGAUCUUGCUCAAGGACGCAAAAUAGGCGAUGGAAGUUUUGGUGUUGUCCGUAUUGGUGAAUGGACGACUUCCAGUGGCAAAGUGAAAGAUGUAGCAGUAAAAAUAUUGAAACAGGAUGUAAUCAAUGUGCCUGGGGCUCUUGAUGACUUUAUCCAGGAGGUUCAAGCCAUGCACCAACUUUCACAUCCUAAUAUAGUAAAGUUGUUUGGGAUUGUACUUGGCAAUCCUUUGAUGAUGGUAACUGAACUAGCUCCCCUCGGGUCCUUGUUGGAUCACCUUCAUAAACAACUUUGUCAUGUAUCUGUUACAUCUUUAUGUGAGUACGCAGUACAAAUCGCUAAUGGUAUGAAGUAUUUAGAGAGUCGACGGUUCAUUCAUCGUGAUCUCGCUGCCAGAAAUGUACUCAUGACAUCUGUAGACAAGCUAAAGAUUGGUGACUUUGGUCUUAUGCGGGCAUUACCGCAACAAGAGGACUGCUAUGUGAUGACUGAACAGAAGAAAGUACCAUUCCCUUGGUGUGCUCCAGAAUCUCUCAAAUCUAAGCAGUUUUCACAUGCAUCAGAUGUGUGGAUGUAUGGAGUGACGAUGUGGGAAACGUUUACAUUUGGAGAAGAACCUUGGGUUGGGUUAAAUGGCCAGCAAAUUUUAAAGAAAAUUGAUCAAGAAGGGGAACGUCUUUCCUGCCCACCAGCCUGUCCCAGUGAUAUGUAUGACCUUCUUUUGCAGUGCUGGUCGCAUGAUCCCAAUGAACGGCCAACUUUCUCCCAGAUAUAUGAACAUGUUGCAGCCAUUAUGCCUCAUGUUAUGAAAGCUAUGCAGCCUUGGGAUGAAGAAGGCAGAUUGAAGGUGGAAGUGGAUGAUCUUAUUGUAGUUAUUGAUGGCAGUUCUGAAAAUUACUGGUGGAAAGGUCAGAACCAGAGAACCUUUGAGGUAGGGGAUUUUGCACGCUGCAUUGCUGAUCCCCAGAGACGUUUAGCAAAUCAAGACAUAAGCACACCUCUCCAGAACUCUUUCAUUCAUACAGGUCAUGGAGGAAUAAGGGGAAAAACGUGGGGUAGUCCAGCCUUUAUUGAUGAUAUGUAUCUCAGGAACCCUAUGGAGCCCCCAGAUAAACUUGGGAAGCCCAUGUCACCUCGAAGAGUCAAAUACCAGUCCCUGCGGCUUAAGCAAAGUCAUCGGCGGCAGUUUAACUACAACCGUUUAGUAAAUGAGAAGUGGCCAGAUGAUGUACCAAGAGCACAUACUCUGAAGUCUCAGAAAAAAAAUUAUGGAAAAGAUGAGCCUUUGAUAGAUCUGUCAGAGGCUGGCCGACAGAGGUCACAUUCUGUUACAGAUCUACGAGCUAGCGACUCUUCAGAAGUCACUAGUCAGUUAAGGGGUAGUGUGUCCUCCCUCAUUGACUUGCCAGUGCCAACCGCCUUUCCAGUGUAUGGAAAUAUAAACCCUGUAAUUGGUGACCAAGAUCAACCUACAUACGAAAAUGUAAGCAGUACGUCACUUAAUGUUGCCUCUGGAAUGGCCCAGCAACCUCUUAGAGUACCUAUCCGUCCCUGCCCAAGCCCACCCAUCCACCAACUACAAAAAAAGCAACAAAAUAUGCCUCAAACUCAUAACCAACAAAGUAGCCAUCUAGAAAAUAGACUCCAGAAUUGUGUUAAUUAUGAAGAAGAUUUACAGUCUCAAAAUAUUGGAAGUCAUGAACACCCAGAACAGUAUCGGCAUCAUCGGCAAGCCCCACCUGUACCCACUAUCUAUUCAAAUUCUUUUGGGGAUUCUGAAGAUUAUUGUGAUAAUUAUGAUGAUUUUGAUGACUCGGAGUGGGAUGAUGAUGUAGUAUGUGUGGAUGAUGACACACAUUCAGCAGAGAACAAUAUAGCCAUUGGAUCACUUGACCAGUGCCCAAGCAGUGAUAAUGUGUGCUAUACUAACGAUAAAAAUAGUGAAAAGAAUGAUCGAACUGUUAAUGAGAUGAGUAAUUGCAGUAGAAAUUAUUCUAACACAAGCGAAGCGUCUGACCCAUUUGACACAUCUCAUGUCAGAUGUUACGACGAGCCACCAUUUGAGUCUCCAGAUAAUAGUUGCAGCACUAAUAACUCUCCUUGCCAAAGUGUAUUACGAGGCUCAUUGUCUGAUACUCCAAUGGUGAACAUGUCUGCCAAUAUUUCUCCAUUAUCAGAGAGCCAACCUGACUCCUUGACAAAUAAUUCUCUACUAGAUAAUUCAGUGCUUAGUUCUUCACCAAGUAGAGUCACACUAAGUCAGUCUCCUGUUAUAGAGAGUUUGCCCACGUGUACCUCAAAAGCUUCAGUGCCUUUAUCAGUUUGUCCAAGCUCAAAUUCUAUUGGUAUUUCAUCUACAGUGGGAAUGUCCCAUAACUUACAAGCAGUAAAAUCACUCCAUAAUUCUUUCCCAAGUAGUUCAUCUCAGUCAGGCAACAUGACUGUUUCAACACAAGUCUUUCCAUUGAUAAGUAACAAUCUGAGCUCACCAAGUUCCCAUUUGGUUCAGGGCAUUCAAGAAAGUAGUUGUAUGAAAGAUUUGAAUGCACAAAUUAGUAAUAUGUGGAUCAGUUCCAUUUCUCAGUCGCCUCCAAGUUCAAACUUGUUACCAAUCUCUCUCACACAAGGAACAUUAUCACCACGGGUUGAACAAAGUCACACUUCCACUUCAUUUGCAUCACCGCCGUCCUCAAUGUGGAUUAAUCAGCAAAUGUUGCAUAGUAACCAGGGUAGACAGGCAGCAUUUCCUCACACUUCUACUACCAGAGAGUCUUUGUUAUACCCUACCCAGAUAUCCACAUUGCCUUCAGUAUCAACGCAUAAUGCUCAACUUGCUCUCCCAGCACCAUUAACUCCAACUACAGCCACACUACCAAGACUCGAUCCUGCUUUCAUUGCUGAGUUAGAAAAAUCACUUGGAAAAGAUCAGGCCUCAGCAAACACCUUUACUGGUAAAGACAAAAAAGUUAACAAUUCUUCAAGAAAUUCUGUUACUUCAAGUUUUACUGCAUCUUGCCAAAGUGAUAGACAACAGUCAUCUCAGAAUAUCCAAGUGCCAGCUCUGCUCCCUCUACAACAAACACCUGUAUCAAGACAAACAAGUUUAGCAGUUGCAGUCACGUCUGUGAAUGAGUGUCAGAACAAAUUUAAACCACAUACCAGUGUUCAGUUACAACCAGUUAGCAACAACAGUGCCUUCUCUGAUUUAGAUGUUCUUACUUCAUCAAAAACAUUAGGUGUGUUGCCUCAGCAGAUAGUAGACACUGGGCAGUUUUUCCCCAAAACUGCUCAUGUACGACCAUUCAUUCAAUACUCUCCAACUUCAACAUCCAACCAAAGAAGCAUCACUGCUGGAAGCCUGGGGAACCAUUCUCAGGUACCAGGUACUACAGGAAGCCUCAUCCAACAGAGCAGUACAAUUUCUACAGCUUCGGUACACACACCAUCCUCGGGUAAACCACUAGGUGAGGUCAGAAAUAUUGAUGAAAGAUGGUCAAGUCAGUUUGGAGAUCUGAGAACCUCAAGUGCAGUUUCCAGUUUAAGUAGCAUAUCCCCCAGUUUCCAGAUGAGUUAUAGCAGCCAACCACCUCAGCAGCAGGUGCAAUUUACCCAGAAAAGUUCAGCCACCUCUGUUUCUUCUGUGCACCCAUGGUGCGAACAGCAACAUCAAAGUUACCAGCAUCAACAACAACAACAACAACAACAAAGUGGACUUACACUCCAGAGCUCUGUGCUACAACCGACAGUUGUUCUUAGUCCACAGCUGACUGUUAACUACAACCAGAUGGUGUGUGGUGGUGGGAGCAGUAGUAGGGGUGAUGUUGCCUCUGGGGCAGAGGUUCUAGUUUGCCGUGUUGCUGCUGUUGUGCCCGGGACUUCUGAGGCUGCUGCUCGCCAGGCACUGCACAUAGCCAGUGGUGAUUACCAGGGUGCUGUGCGCUUCCUCAAGAUUGAGAAGCUUUACAGAUUGGGCAUGGCAAGUAAGGAUGAGUGCGAGUACAUCUUAGAAGCCAACAGCUGGGAAUUAGAGCGUUCAGCAUCAGCUCUUCUUGAUAAAUAUGCCUAAAGUUUCUCUUAUGUGGUAUUGUUUGUUACCCUAGUUAUCACAUGAAUGAAACAAACUACAUAAUUUAUCACUAUAUGAACAAAAAAUAGCUCUAACAAUCAAUGGAUUACAUGUAUUCCAUGUGGUAAGCUUUGAUAUGCUGAUGAUUAUAUAAUGAUAAUAAGAGAAACCUUUCUUUUAUAGGGGAUAAAUUAUUGUUCAUUUAGCAUUUAUAACAACUUAUCAUUAUUUCAUUCAUAUAUACUACUUAGACUUAUCAUCUUAACUCAGUAGCUACAUAUAUUUAGUUUAAAAAAUGUAUUUAAUUUUAGUUAUAAUUUGAUAACAAAUUAGUAAGUUUUGUUCUGCUGAGCAUCGAUUUACCAAGGAAAGGUUCAUCCAGUUGUGAUUUUCUUUUUCCCUGGGAAUAAUUAAAAAUAUGAAGUAUCUUCAUUCUUUAAUCAGUGUUUGUGAUUAGUUACCAUUAGUUUCUAAUUUCAGACCUGGUUUUUCAUACACAAUUGUUUUAUGUUAAGAGGGAAACUUUUAUAUAGAAAGGAAGAAUAGAUCUGUACUGACAGUUAUUUCAUUGAUAUAUAUGAAACGACAAACACGAUACAGAAUGAUCUGAUUGUAUUCCUAACUACUUGUGUUGACAUUUGGAAAGGACCUGGGCUAGAGAAUUAUAGCUUAAGGUACCCAGUGAAAAUCUGAAUAUAAAACGGUGCAUUUAGUUUUAGUUGGUCUAAUAAUAAAUCGUGGUAUUUUAAGUAAGUUAUGAAUAACUUAUUUUUAUUGAAGACUUAAAUUAUUAUAAUUUCUUAUUGAUUUGAGCUGUGAUUUUCAAUUCAAGUGGUGUAGUCACACAAUUAUGCUGUAAUGGGUGACUUGUUUUGAAGUUUAACUGUAUCAGAUUUUGCCUGAGCUAUGAUGAGCUGCCAUCAUGCUCAGUUCCAUAUAUGUAUUUGAUUGUGCAUAUGGUUAUCUAGUAGCAUUUGCAGACUCAAGCUCCAUUUCCUGGGUUUCAUAUUUCUACUUAUCUUGACUCCUUAUUUUUGUUGUUGUGUAUACUUAAGAUGUUAUGGAGUUAACCCUGACUCUCCUCUUCUUAAUCAUUCCACUUAGCCUCACAAAAAAGUCUCUAUAUCCCUAGGUUAUGGUCCACCUGCAAAUCAAGCCUAUAGUCAUGUCCUAUAAUUUUGGGGAGGCUUAUUCUUUUCUAUCUUGAUCAGUGUCCUUAAGUAGCUUUUGCUUCUUAGUCAUAUGUCCUUUGAUUUUUUCAACAUACUUUAAUCCCAAUAAUUUCAAGAUUACUCAUGUGGUAAACCUAUUAUAUUUUUUUUUGUGGGGUGAUCCGACAUAGUAUACUGUAUCCUGUAGGCUACUUUAAUAUUCACCAGAAUGAGAAAAUCAGUAGGAGUUAUGAGGAUGAUUCAAACCUCAAGGUCUAAGGUGUUUGCUUGGGCAUACCCAGUGUGCAAGUUCGAAUCCUUGUGAGUCCUACUGAUUUUCUGAUUGAUACAUCGUGUGAUUAUUUUGUGCAUUCACCAGAAUAGUAUAAACAUUUCAUGGGAUUCUGUUAGAACCUCUGGUGAUAGGCUUGAAGUUGUCAACUCCCAGAUCUCUUUCCUUCUCUAACACAGGAAGAUACACCCUUUCACUAUGUGUUGCUCUUAUGACUAAUUUUCCAUGAAACAUUUUAUUAUUACCAUGUAUUGACUUGGGAGAAAACUAGUAGUUCACUUAUCAAACCAGUUCUGUGACUUUUUUCAGCUUUCCUGGAAUAUCAUACAAUACUUGGAGUGUGCCUAUUUAAGCAUAUACACUUGCAGAUGUAAGGUAACUAAUUUCAAAUCUUCAUCAUCACAAAUUUGUCUUUAUUAUUUUUAUGGUAUAUUCAAGUCUAUCCAUAUGUAUAUAUUUCCAGUUUCCCCCCUCCAACCACCUUCCUGUGCUCUCUCUUUAUAUAUAUACAUAUAUCUCUAUCUCUCUCUAUAUCUCUUAUCUCUCUCUCUCUCUCUUAUCUCUUUCAUGCAAGUUAAACCACAAGAAAAAGGAUGAAAUUCAAAGUUUUUUUUAUUUUAUUUGUUCAAUAACUGACACCUGUGCGUAUGUACAUGUUCCCUCCCUCACACACCUGCACACGUAUGAAUACAAUGCAUGUUGACACAUAAUGAAGGUGUAAUUAACAAAGGUGUAAUUAUUGCACUUUCAGAGAGAUUUUAUUCACAUAAUACUCUUUUUAUCUUCAUUUGGGUCUUACUGUGAAUUAUUUUGUUAUAAAUACUUUUCCAUGAAGUAGGUUUUUAUACACAUUCAAUAGAAAUGAAGGAAUGAGUUCUGAGUGAACUCAAAUGAGUGUUUGACAAUACAAUAAGGUAAUAAUAAUGUAGCUAAAUCUUGUUUGCAUAUUUGUCAGGUUUAUAUAUUUCAUAUCCAGAUACAUUUAUCUCUACAUAAAUACUGUAUGUCAGUUUGUGCCUUGUUGCCUUUUUCUGCAUUCCGAGCAAGAUGGUGCCUGCAGAAGUUUUUUUUAGUGCACUAUCAUCUGGCUACCAAGUAUAGUACUUCAUAUAUUCACACCCAGCCAGGUAGGCAAUUACAAAUCUGAGAUUUCUAUUUACAAGUUUAAUCAUCAAAUACAUUUGUCUUAAUUUUAUGUAAGACCUGGGAAGUAGUACUUUAUAAUGAAUAUACUAAAGUAGAUGCAGUAAUUUUAAUAUAUAACAGGGUAAAUUAAAGCCUGGAAAGAGAAUAGAAAAAAUCUUCAUGCAGUGGAUAAAACUAUAAUAAGAUCCAAUCUUGAUUAAUGCAUUGGAAGGAGACUAAUGGUGUCUUAAUAACACAAUAUUUUUGUAAGUAAUUUGACCAUUAGAUGCUUUUGAUAUCGAUUACUAAAUUUGAUAACAUUGAAUGACUAACAUCUACAAACUUAAGGAACAACUUGAAUACACAGAUGUCUAGUGAUCUCAUAACUGUGAUGGGUGAGAUUCCAUAAAUUAAUGUCCUUUUCUUGUGCUACUUUUGCAAAACCAUCAGAACUUAACACAAAUGUUGUAAAAUCUUUAUAGCCACACACAAGCAUUUUUCAUUUUGGUAUACCUUUCUUUAAGGUUUGACCCAAAGAAGAAAGACCAGAUCAUUUUCUUAUGUGGUGGUGUGGCUUAUCAUUAAUAUGUAGUCUAAUUGAUAAAAUGAAUGUACGAAUGAGA